AUCUAUCCGAAGUCCAGGCUAUAAUUUCCCUCGUUUUCUGCUCUCCGCUUUUUUAACCCUCCCUCUCCGCCCCAGAUCCCAAAUCCCCCAAGCCCUAGCCCCCGCGGCCCCUCUUGCCGGCGACCCCCCGCCGGCGGCCACCUCAACCCCUCGAUCUUGGCCCCGAUCCGCCACGCCCUCCGAUCCCCUCCUUGAAUCGGGGGUCUUUUUCUCGGCUUUCGCCUCCAGUACCAAUCUGUGUACGUUUCGGCAUCCGUUUCAUCGGAUUUCGUCUCCCGCGGUGGGCUCGAUGUCUGGCGGCCGGGCAGCGGGGAACCGGUCGGCACAGCAGCAGGCCGGGCAGAUCUUCCGGCCGCUGAAGCGCCACCCGCUGUUCCCCUCGGCGAAGCCGCCGUUCGUGGCACCCGAUGAGUACCACCAGUUCUCCGCCGCUGACGGCUACCGGAUCACCCCCGAUGAUGUCUCCGAUGCCCUAGUUAUUAAGACACCCUUGAAGAGAAAGACUGAACAAGAAGACAAUGAAGCUGCUGAAUCAAGUGAGUGGACAACCAGCCCUGGAUACGCUGAGGCUGCUACCAGUUCUCUCCUUACACCAGUAUCAGGAAAAGGAGGUAGGAACUAUGGCAGGUCCAAGGUUGCAAACUACAAUAAAUCUGGACCUCUGACACCCUUGUCAAAUGCUGCUUCUCCAUCCAGCAAUCCUCUCACUCCAGUUGGUACUUGCCGUUAUGACAGCUCUCUAGGACUCUUAACAAAAAAGUUUAUCAAUUUACUUAAGCAUGCACAGGAUGGCAUCCUUGAUCUGAAUAAAGCUGCAGAAACACUGGAGGUCCAAAAGAGAAGGAUAUAUGACAUCACAAAUGUCCUUGAAGGGAUUGGACUGAUAGAAAAGAAACUUAAGAACAGAAUCCGUUGGAAGGGACUAGAUGACUCGAGGCCAGGAGAGCUUGAUGAUGAUGUUUCAAGUUUACAGGCAGAAGUUCAAAAUCUUACCUUGCAGGAGCGCAGCGUAGAAGAUCAUAUAAAUGAAAUGCGAGAAAAACUAAGAGUGCUUACUGAAGAUGAAAAUAAUCAAAAGUGGCUUUACGUGACCGAAGCUGACAUCAAAGGCCUGCCCUGCUUUCAGAAUGAUACCUUGAUAGCAAUUAAAGCCCCGUAUGGUACUACCCUGGAAGUUCCAGAUCCUGAUGAGGCUGGUGAAUAUCCCCAUAGGAGAUACAGAAUUGUGCUAAGAAGUUCGAUGGGUCCCAUUGAUGUUUACCUUGUUAGUCAAUAUGAGGAGAAGUUUGAGGAGAUGAGUGGUGUUGAGACACCCCAAAGGCUCCCACCUGCAUCAAAUUCGGGUUCAGCUGAGAACUCCACAGUGGAAGUGGUUACAGAAGAGGGCAGGGGGAAGGAAAUGGCGCCUAAUGUUCCAGACUGUCAGAGGAUGGACUCAGAUCCAAAUGCAUCACAUGAUUUUGUUGGAGGGAUGAUGAAGAUUGUUCCUUCAGAUGUUGAUACUGAUGCUGACUAUUGGCUUCUAUCAGAUGCUGGAGUUAGUAUUACAGAUAUGUGGAAGACAGCUCCUGAAGUCCAAUGGGAUGCAAUGGGCAGAUUCAAUCCAGAGGAUUUCAUUGCAAGCAACGCUAGCACUCCUCGGCCAGAAACUCCACCAUCUGGUGUUAUCGAUGUCCCUUCCGGUACAAAUUCCACUCAGCGAUGAAUAUGAGAUUGAGGAAGGAUUCAGGAACUCAGGUCGGUACCUUUCUCCUCUGAUGCAAUCAUGUUCAUCAAGGUCUAUGUCACUGGACUGACCUUCGAGAUGGGAAUAAUCAAUAUUCUGGGUGGGAACCUGUUGUUUAACGGAAGAUGCUUUUGCAAGAGAAAGCUGUCAGUGGCCUUAAAAAGAACAGCUACGGUCCAUAUGUACAGUUGAGUAACAUGUCUUGUUACAUAGUGCUGGCAUGAAUCAUAAUCUUCCCUUUUCUAAAGCCUUUUUGCAUGCCCCGACACUUCAACCAGUCUCGUAGCAAAAGGUAUACAUGAGGCAGCCAUCAGAACUAUGUUUAACUUCUCUCAUUCAUGCUGUUUAUCACAUUGUAUACAUAUACAAGAUGCAAUGGCACUUUUUAUGGUACAUUAAUCUUCUCAAGGGUAAGCAUGAUGAAUGACUGAUUGACCAUAUCACUCAAACUGCUGAAGAUGGUUGCAUAUAAUGAUACUUUCAGAGAUUCAUGCUUUCUGGACACCUCGACUGUUUGCAGAAGGGCUAUCAUAUUUUCUUUUUUAAUUGCUAUCAGGGUCCUGUCUGAUUUCUGAUUUCAUUUGAUCUGCUGUAUGACUCUACAGAAAUGCAAAUCACUGCAAUUUUUGGGGCUUGCUUUGAUGAACUUAAAGUCACCAUUAACGAAGCUAAUGUUUCAUUCUAGUAGGCAUGAGGCUACAGCUAAAUCUACAGGUACCCGUCCAUCGAAACACGAGCGACGAAUGAGUACAAGGAAAAACAAGAACUACUUCGUUGCGUUCAGGAGUCACUUGUCCGUCUUGGCUCUCGUGUUUCCGAUCCAACCGGCUACGAUUAUGGUGCGCGCAACGGUCGGAGGUAACCUAAUCGGUGACGCCGCCCUGUGCGCUACGCAAGCCAAUGCGCAUGUUCCCACCGUCCCGCCGCUCCCACCCGUUGGACCUUUAAACUUUGAGAAGAAAUUGAGUGCCUUUCUCGUGUUCUGUCUGGAAGUUUAAUACCAACGAUUCUAGCACGAGGAGGUGGUAAAGGGAGAGAAAUGAGAGGGAGAUGGAGCUGGCCAAAUAAGCCCUCCAUACUUGAGCGCGUGGAUCCUGAGCCCACUGUGACCGCGUCGAACGGUGGAGGGGGACUUGAGAUGGCGGUAACGGUAGAGAAGGCCGUGGCUUUUCGUGGGAAGGAGCGUGGAUGAUAGCUGGAGCUCUGCGGCCUUGGCUCCACCACUAGCUGGAACCCCACAGGGACUCCUUAGAAAUGAGCACGGAGAAAGAGAUAGGUUAGGGCUUCUAUUGGCCCAUAUUGAUCAUCAUGGGCCUCCAAUUACUUCAACUGUGGUUUUUAUUGGCUCGUUUUGCGUUCCGAUGGAUGUGAACUGUUGAACC